CCACAUCCACCCCCCCGUCACCCCUUCAACUCGUUGCCUCCAUCACCAUCCACCAUCACACUUCAUCCGUGCAGCCGCUCACCUCGCCCAGGCCUACUCUGGGUCCACCUCUGUCCUCCCCCCAUCUCCUUCGCGCCGCGCGCGUGCGCUGAUACUCUCCGCGCGCGCGCCGAAGACUUCCCUGUUCCACGCCCCACACCCCCGCCCACCCCGGCUCAUUCCAUCCAAGCCAUCUCCACCGCUCCCCACCCCCAAUCCGACUAUCCUCGCCAUGUCGCGGAAGCGCGACUCGACCUUAGGGAGCCUAUCCUCGGCGGCUACCGACUCUCUGGCAAUUGCCAAAGAAGUCGUCCUGACACCUUUUGCGUCUGAGCACCGCCGCACCGAGAGCACCCGCAUACUUGCCGACCUUGCUCCGUCGCUCAUGCACCCCAAGUUCACGAGCAGAGCCGGCACCCCGGUCGGCAUCAGUCGCCCACAUCGCCCCUCCCUCCUGAGACUUCCGACCACUGUCCCCGGCGUCGGCAGAUUAGGGCAGGACCCGCCCUCCGCGACUUCCCUUGCGAUCCUCGAGAACGCUGAGGUGCUCGCUCAGCUGUCAUUGGAUAGAGGCGAAUCUGCGAGCGAGGUCUCCCUUAUUCGCGGCUUCCGGGCAACGAUCCCGUCCUCUGAGUUGAGCAAGCAACGCCGUCGGACGCAACGCGGUGAGCUCGUCGACACGGACCUUGGCGGCGACCGACUGGGUCUUCGUCGGCUGGGUGAGCGGGCGCGCGGCCUUCUUACAGAGGGUGAGCAUAGCGAUGGUGAGCGCGAGGACAAGCCUGGGCGCAAGACACGCCGCAGGCGCAAGCAAAGCCGAGCCUCGCGCGAGGCACUCCUCGCGUCCAAUCUCCAUCUCGAGGACCUACUCAAGCACGCCGACGAGAUCGCGCAGGACAAGGACAAUCUACGUGUGCGGCAGAGCCUUGUCAAUGCCGAGAUUGCCCAGGUCACUGCCAAAAUCGGCACGCUCGAGGAGAUUCGCCGCCGCCUGCAGAAGAGCUUGCUCAAGCUACAGGAGGAGAGCCUCGAGCUCGACGACGAGCUCGAGGGCGUGCAGGAAAUGAUGGCGUCGCCGAGCGUCACUUCUGCAGCUGGUACCAAGGCGCUGCCUCCUACGACGGCUCCGCCCGUCAAGAGCUCGCGGCGGCGAAAGGGGCCCGCAUUCUUGCCCUCUGAGCAUGACGAGCUGCCAUCGGGAGUCGCAUUCAUGUCACUCCAAGGUCACACUGGCCCCAUCACCGCUCUCGAUUUCAACGAGCCCUACGGCAUGCUUGUGACAGCAGGACAGGACGACAUCGUCAAGGUCUGGGACUUGUGCGACGGCGAGACAGUCGGCGAGUUGCGAGGACACAAGGGCUGCGUUAAGACGGUGCAAGUGGAGGAUACACUCUGCCUCACUGGAGGAGCGGAUGGGAACGUCAAGAUGUGGGACUUGCGCCUCGUCGAAGACUACGAAGACAAGCUGCGCGAACAGUCGGAGAAGGCGCGGCGUGAUCCGCUGUCGAGCAUUGCCGAGCAGAACGAAGGCGGCGGCGAGGACGAGGAAGAGCCACCGAAGGAGGAUCCAGGGCCGUGCGUCCGCACUCUCGAGGGGCAUAGCAAGGCGAUUACGGCCAUGUACUACGAGGCGGGGACUCUCGUGACCGGCUCGUCGGACAAGACCUUGCGACAGUGGGACGUAUCGACCGGGCAGUGCGUCCAGACGAUGGACAUCCUUUGGGCUAUCAGCAACCCGCCAGUAGUGCCGCUGUCGCCGCGCAAGAAGGCCAGACCGGGCUUGUCGCACCGAUCGUCUACAUCUUUCGGCUCGGUGCAGUACGACGACAUACUCCCCUCCCCCGGAGGCGUGCCCAACCCGAACGCAGCGCAGCAGCAGCUCCUAGCCGCCGUCACGGGGCAGUUUGCCGUCCCCACCCCGCCGUUCGCGGACGGCACCUGGGACAUGUACCAGGACUUUGUUGGAGGCGUACAGUUCUGGGGUUACGCUCUGGCGAGCGGGUCUGGGGACGGUGCCGUGCGCAUGUGGGACAUGCGGACAGGCCAGGCCCACAGGACACUCACCGGUCACACCGCGCCUGUGACGUGCAUCCAAUUCGACGAGCACAACAUCGUUUCAGGCUCGCUCGACAAGACCGUCCGCAUAUGGGACAUGCGGAUGGGUGCCGUGUCCGAGCUACACAAGUACGAGUACCCCGUCACGGCGGUGCAGUUCGACAGCCGCAAGGUGGUUGCGGCCGUGGGCGAGAACGGCGUUGAGGUGUACAACCGCACCACCGCCGAGCAUUCACGUCUCGUUGUUAACGGGCACACCAAACCAGCUGAACGCCUGCGCUUCAUGGACAAGUACCUCGUAUCCGGUGGACGCGACGGUUGUGCGAAGGUAUGGGCCAUGUAGCGCCACUUGCAUGCACAUCAUUCAACGGCGGUGGCGACAAUUCGC